GAGAACAAAAGUCUUUAUGCUAUGCUCUUCUUCUCUUCCCUCUCUUUCUACUACUUAUUAUCAGACUCUGAUUAUUGGAGAGAGAGAGAGAAAGGAAGGUUAGAGAAGAAGCAAAACCAUUUCAAGUUUUUCCACUUUCCAUAAAUAAAAAAAAGAUUUUAGUUUUGAGAAAGAAAAUAAUAACAAGCUUAGAGCAAGAGACUCACAGAAGGUAUAAGGAUUGUGAAGAAAGGAAGAAGAUGUUGAUGUUGAUGAUGAUGAUGAGAUGAAGAGAGAGAAAGAUUGAGAAAGAGAGAGUGUGUGUCACAGUAAGUAAGAAGUCGUUAUUGCAUUUUCUCAUUCACUGCUCCCUCUGCACUCCUCAGAAACUCUUUCUCUCUCACAAAACCAAAACUUUUUCUUCCUGUGAAAAAAGCCAAAGUGACAGUAGUAGUAGCCACAAUAACAGCAGCAGCAGAAGAAGCAGAAACAGAAGAAGUUGUUCGUUUUCUUCUCUUCCUUUUCAUAGAGAGAGAAAAAUCUAAGUCCACUCCACUCCCUCUCAUCCUCAACACAACAACAAGAUCUCAUAUCUCAUCUCAUCUCAUCAACACACUCCAUCAAACACAAACACUCUUUUCUCCACCUACAAAUUCUUUCCCUGCCACAAGACCCCACACCAACACACAUAUAACACCCGCAUUAGGUACACCUCCAUAGUCCAUACACAACAACCAUAAAUAUAUACAUAUAAACACACCCAAAAAAAAAAUCACAUAGAUCUUCUAUCUAUGUCUCUAUAGUUCUAUAUUUCCUUAGUUUUGUCCAUCCAUCUACUAUACACCUAUCUCUAUUAAUAGUAGUUAUAUCAAUCAAUUAAUUUAUUACUAUAUUUUCAUAUUGUGUGAUUUGAGAAAUCAAGCACUUUCAGUUGUGGCUACUACAAGGAGGUUGCCUUCAGAUUCUGGUGCCUUCGCAGACUGGGCAGCCACAGCCUCCUCCUCCGGUCGGGCUGACGACCUCUCCCUCGGCUUCAAUGCCGGUCCUGCCGCCGCCGCAGCUGCCACCGGACCCGCCACCGGAAUGUGGUCCGGCGCAACUAGGUCAAUCAAUUACCCUGAGAUGGGCAUGUUCGUGGUGGCGCCAGCUUCGUCCUUCCACCACCACCACCAACAGAUACCGCCCCCGCACGACCCCGUGGUGGCGGAUUCCCUCAACCCCGCCACUGCACUUGGGGUCGGCGUCAGCGUCAUCCCCCUCCUCGCAGCCACGCCGUGUCUGGAAUCCGACAACAUCCUCGGCAAUAGGACACGUGGCGGGGGAAUUCAGUUUUGGCAAGAGCCACAACCGCCACAACCGCACCAAGGGCACUACAUGAAGAAGCAGCACCAGGAUCUUCUCAACCACAACAACAACAAUAGUAGCCCUGGGAAUUUGCUUCAGAACAGUGGAGGCGUAACCGGUUCCGGAACCAGCAGUGGCGGAACUACCACGUGCCAAGAUUGUGGGAACCAGGCGAAGAAAGAUUGCGUCAAUAGAAGGUGCAGGACUUGUUGCAAAAGCCGAGGUUUUGAUUGCCCUACUCAUGUUAAGAGUACAUGGGUCCCCGCCGCACGCCGGAGAGAGCGCCAGCUGAUGACGGCGGCAACCGCUGCUGUUGCUGGUUCUAGUGGCUCCACCUCAGGCACCAAAAAACCUAGGCUCAUUGCUUCACAAACAACAACUUCUCAUACUUCCACUUCCAACACCACUCCUCCUAGAAGCUUUGACACUAGCUCUAGCCAUCAAGAUGCGGGUUUUAAGGAGUCUCUACCGGGGCAAGUACGUGCACCAGCGGUUUUCAAGUGUGUGAGAGUGACGGCGGUGGAGGAUGGGCAAGAUGAGUAUGCGUAUCAGGCUGUGGUGAAGAUUGGUGGCCACGUGUUCAAAGGGUUUCUCUAUGAUCAAGGGGUGGAGAAUAGGGAUGUGUAUCCUAAUCUAUCUGAGUUGCAUUUGGGUGGUGGAAGUGGAAGCGGAGGAAGUGGUGGUAGAAAUGGGGUUUCAUCUUCUUCUCCGAUGAUGGAUCCUUCUGAUGUUUAUGGUGGAGGGUUACUAGGUGGUUCUUCAGCCUAUGGUAAUCCAAUGAAUUGAUCAUUGAAACUGAAACUGUCUUUCCGAGUGCAAGAUAUUAGUAGAUGGGCUUGGAGAGGCUGAUGACGUACGUUGUAGUCUAAAUUAAAUCUUUAAUUUUUCAUCUAGGCUUUGUAUCUUUAUAUUGCAUAUGUCACUCUUUCUUUUCUGCCAUUUUUCAACCACAUUUUAGUUCUAUUCUUUCUCGCCCAAUUUGGCCCUUGUCAUUGCAUGAGAUCAUCAUUAAAUGACAUGGGAGCCUCACUAUCUAACUGUUAAACAAAUAGUUUCUUAUGUACUAAAUAUUAACUCGAAAUGGAAAGCAAAGGUGGAUAAAACUAUUUUUA